UUGUCUGUACUUAGUUUUAAUCGAACCCUACAAAUGUGUACUCGCGCUAAUAGAAUAAUAUCCCUUCCUAUUGGCAGAAUAAUGCCGAAACAGCUAAAAAUUUCACAAUACUGUGUAUUGAUAAUUCUAUUGGAGAAUAUGUUUUGCGUGGCAAUUGAAAUCUCAUCUGUUGGAAGCGAAGCAAGGGUUGCUACCGAAAAUGACAUCAGUCAAGGGAAUCAAUUUUACAAUGCCUCAGGCUUGAAAUCACUAGCCUUGUAUGUUCUUCCACCAGGAAGCACCCAAUGGCGAGAUGGAAAACAGGUUUUUUCGGAAGUCCCAAAAGAGGAGUGUGGUACCAAUGGAGAUCAUAUGAUUUUGAUAUAUGUGCCCACCGAAGCAGUUGACAAAUAUUCUUGGGUCACCCGUAUGACCGAUGAAAAAACGCAAAAAGUAACUCCCAUUAAAGUAUGCUGCCCGGGCUAUGGCCUAUUGCGUUGGCGUGGUGAACGCCGUUGUGUGCCUGUGUGUAAAAAAUGCCGUAAUGGCCAAUGUGUGUCGCCUGACGUCUGCGAGUGUUACAACGAAUUUGUUCGCACCGAUAAUGGUGAUUGUGUGUUCUCUUGUCCUUUGGGUUGUCUCAACGGCCGUUGCUAUUUGGAUGGCAGCUGCGAAUGUGAUCCUGGCUAUAAGUUGGAUGAGACCCGUCAAUAUUGUCGUCCUAUAUGCAGCAAGGGUUGUGGUACUGAUCCUUUACUCAAUUGCACUGCCCCAGAAGUCUGUGGAUGUAUACAAGGAUUUACCCUUAGCGAUUCAGGGUGUAAGCCUCUCUGUGAGCCCGAAUGUGGACCGGGUGGUGUAUGUCAAGAAAUCGGAUUUAAACCUCUAUGUGCGUGCCAUGCAGGUUAUGGUCUAAAGGAUGGUGUUUGUCAGGCUGAUUGUUAUCAAUCCUGUGCCAAUGGAAUUUGCUAUAACCGCAAUAGAUGCAUUUGCAAUCCUGGUUUUGUCUACCAUGAGCGUACCAGAAACUGUAUACCCGUGUAGAGGAGGUAGAUAGCAGCUGUUAUAUAGUUUAGAUAAAAAUUUUAGAUUUUAAAAUAUUAUAUGAAAUUUUGUUCAAUGUAUUGCCCAAAAAGUAAUUGCGGAUUUUUCAUAUAGUCGACGUUGACAAUAAACUUCUCUGUUUUUAAACACUA